GAACGUUCAGACAGAUGUAGGAGUGUCUCCGGCGCACUUCUCUGUGAAGAGGCUUGAGCUGAGGGCUGCCUGCACGGACGCAUUGACCUUUCAGUCUCCUUUGGGUCCGCGCUAGAGAGCAGCACCCAUCCCCACCAUGGCGCCAAGGAAGUUCUUCGUGGGGGGGAACUGGAAGAUGAACGGGGAUAAGAAGAGCCUAGGCGAGCUGAUCCACACCCUAAACAGCGGCAAGAUCCCGGCGGAUACUGAGGUUAUUUGCGGAGCCCCCUCCAUUUACCUUGAUUUCACCCGUCAGAAGCUUGAUGCAAAGAUUGCGGUUGCAGCACAGAACUGUUAUAAGGUGCCAAAGGGAGCUUUCACGGGAGAGAUCAGCCCAGCGAUGAUAAAGGACAUCGGAGCCACCUGGGUGAUCCUGGGCCACUCAGAGCGAAGACAUGUUUUUGGGGAGUCUGAUGAGCUGAUUGGGCAGAAGGUGGCCCAUGCCCUGGCUGAGGGUCUUGGUGUCAUCGCCUGCAUUGGAGAGAAACUGGAUGAGAGAGAAGCUGGCAUCACAGAGAAGGUGGUUUUUGAACAGACCAAAGUGAUUGCUGAUAACGUGAAGGACUGGAGCAAGGUGGUUAUUGCCUAUGAGCCAGUUUGGGCUAUUGGAACUGGUAAAACUGCAACUCCCCAGCAGGCUCAGGAAAUUCACGAGAAGCUGAGGGGGUGGCUAAAAAGUCAUGUGUCUGAAGCUGUUGCUCAGUCCACUCGGAUCAUCUAUGGAGGUUCAGUCACUGGUGGCACCUGCAAGGAACUGGCCUCCCAGCAUGACAUAGACGGCUUCCUCGUUGGUGGUGCCUCCCUCAAGCCUGAAUUCCUGGACAUUAUCAACGCGAAACACUGAACCGAUCCAUAGAUCCCAAAAGGGAAAAUCAUCAUGGAGGGGAAGGAAGGAGAAAUAAAGAAACUAUAAGGAAGGUCACCCCUCGCCCCUUCACCCAUGACUUCUCUCCCCCAUUCACUGUUCCUGCUGCUAACUGCUGCCACCCUGCUGGAUUCUGAUUGGCACAGAGCCUUUUUCCAGAGGCAGGGUUUUGUUAGUCUCCACCUCUUGCCUGCCCUCCCACCCUCAUAAGUGAGCAGAACUCAAUGUGAGCUUGUGGGUGGGUCUGGCUGGCUGUGCCCAUGUGCCUGGUAGGCCAAUCAGAGUCCAUGGCCUGUCUGUCCCUCCCUUCCACCCAUCUUCCUUUGCAGUGCUGCAAUAAGGAGGUCACUUGGCCUGGGGAGAGGAGAGGAGGGAAUGCCACCUCUUGCUCCAGGCAGCCUGUGGCUUGACCAGAUGGGAGGGAGUGCCUGGCAGCUGACGUCCCUGUGAGACAUUGUAGCUUUUCCAUGUCCCUUAACAAACACUGAAUAGAAAUAAACAUGUGGCAGCGGA